AUGGAUCACGGCCGCCCUUUCACCCGCGAGCCUCGCGCUGCGCUGCAAACUCCGAAACGCUCCCCUCUCCUUUCAAGCCCCAUCACCGCCGAGCCAAAGUCAGACUACCUUCGCCAGAAGCUUCGCGAACGACGCCACCACCUCGGAAUGACCGACCAGUCUUCCAGGUCGCUAAGUCUAUCCGAUCCACAGCCCGCGCGAGCAAUGGACGAUUACAUCUUCGCCACCGACGAGGAGCUGAAGAAGGAUCGUCGUAGAGCGCGCGCUCAGACGAGCCGCAUCUCGAGCGCUACCUCGCAACAAACUGGCCUUUCGACACAGCGGACCCAGGUCGCUGCCAAGGGCACACGCGAGCAGCAGGCGAGCAUGGACAAGAUGUGCAAAGAAAACUUCGACCUCAAGUUGAGACUCACUCUGGUCGAAGAGCGCAGCCGCCGUCUCUCGACUGAACUGGAAGACACAUUGGAAAAGCUCGAACGCAUGAGCGUUGUCGAGGAAGAAAGAGACGACCUGCAGGAGGAGAAUACCGCUCUACGCGAUCUUGUCGAGGAGCUCCGUGGGUCUCACGAUGCUUGCGAACAGAAGCUGCGGGACUCCUGGAAAAUGAACGGCGAGGUGUUUGCCGAGCUUGAGAAGCGCGACGCUGCCAUCAAAGAAGCUCUCGACAUGUACUUGCACUCCGAGCAUCAGGCACAAGAACUAGAAGCGGAGCUUGCCAAGUAUCGCCCUGCGCCUCGCCGGCGCGACUCGUCGUACUUCAGCACCGGCCCUGACUCGGCUGGGAUCAAGUCCACCGGGGAGGCCGGCGAAUCCGCGUCUUCUCAGCUUGGAGGUCAAAGGGACGGCUUUGACAGUGCGCCCACAUCUCCCGAACAUCGCGACACGGCCGUCCGCCUCACUUUGUCCCGUCCGCUCAGUCAACGGUACAGCAGACUUGUUCGAACAAUGUCUGCUGGGGACAUGCGACUUCAUGAUCUCCGAGAGCGUGCAUCCACUGCGAACGUAGGAGACUGCGCUAUCGAUGAAGGCGAUUCCCGCCGUUCCUCUCCAGCUCAACGCAGACGCACGCUUCGCCGUGCAUCGGGGAGCCCCAACGUGGAUCGUGCCUCGAGCAAAGCAUCCAGCUCGAACAAUUCCCAUAGUCUACGUGGCGUCUACCUUGACGGCGAACGAGACGGAGGCUCACCAGCAUUUUCCGAGAGCAUCCAUGCCCCUUCGGACGCGACAACCGGUUCGGAUCUCGACGUAUCCCCGUAUCGUCCAGCAAAUGGAGCUAGACUACUCGGUGAUCACUCACAAUGCCCAGCUUCUCCGUCUCUGCUGGGCCCAUGUCGUUAUCUUAGGGGUAUUCGAAGCAUUGCAGGCUCGGACCAAGCAGAAGGGACUGUCAUUCAUGACGACGGCAGAGACACGAAAAGCGAUAUGACGCAGUUCGAAGAUGAAGACCUUACGACACCUACGGCAAGCGAGGCACCAACAAUCUCUUCUGAGUUCCAAUCUGGCCAGUAUCCGCGAUGGCCGGGUACCAGUGGCAAGUACGCGCUUGGCCGGAACUUGUUCUUCAACGGUGAGGGGUUUAGCAAAGCCGCAUGGGGCAGACAUGGGCUGUGA